AUGGCGUCGGACCCGGCACCCUUAUCGAAAACGGCAAAAUACAAGAAGAUAACAAAACCUCUCUUGGAACGAAAAAGACGGGCUCGCAUCAAUCGCUGCCUGGAUGAACUUAAGGAUCUCAUGGUCGGAGCUCUGGAGAUAGACGACGACAACCUGAGCAAGUUGGAGAAGGCAGAUAUCCUUGAAUUAACCGUUAACCACCUCACAAAGCUGCAUAGGCCUAAAGAUCCUAUUGUCGAAGCGAAGAAAUUUCAAGCUGGUUUCGGACAGUGCGCUGCCGAAGCGUGUAGAUUUAUUAUGUCCGUGCCCGAUCUCGACUCGAAAGUCAGCCAAAAUUUAAUCAGCCAUCUAUCCACGCUUAUAACCGCGCAACCUUUGACCAUCCAAGUACCAGACAGACCUUCAUUCUCACCGCCUACAUCGCCUUCUUCCGUUUUAUCAGACAGGCAGCAUUAUUACAGCGAUCACGAUAGGUCGUCAUCGGACGCUGAAGAUUCCGUUUACGCCGCUGACGCUCCCGCCAAACACUGGUAUCCAAAACAAAACAAACCCAGUCCACCGAUGCCCGGCCUAUUAACAACCGUUGACAAACUCGUUCCACACCACGCCGAGAACGGACAGAGAGGCUACUUCAAUCGAGUUCCGGCGGAGGCGAAAGAUGUAAUUCUGCAAAAAAUAAGACAACACAUCAUGGACAAACGGGGUAAUGAUAUGAACGGCGGCGAGAUAAAUGUCAUGGAAUCGCCGACGGAGCAGAAGUACGCGAUCCGCGAGGACGUGUACAGACACGAGUACUUUUCACCGAAUUACCCGAGCGAUACAUUGGACUUGAGGAAGGUUCGUUCGCCGGUUAAAUUGUCUCACUCGCCGCAGGACGCCCGAUAUCCCAAAGAGGCCGAUAUCGAGAAUAAGCCCGCGAUAAGCAUACCGGAACAAUGCGAAUCGCCGAUGGACUACAGUAACUUACCGCCAAAAAAGAAGAGGAAACUGAUCGAGUACCAGGAGUACAAAAAACAAGAGGAGGCGAGACGGCAGCGGGACGCUUUUUACGCGGAGAAAAAAGAACGCCUGCGUGGAGCCGCUCCAUCCGCGGAUCACGAGUUGGAUGCUAAGUGGCGCCCGUGGUAA